AUGGAAUUAUUUACAAGAGCUAGAAAUACAUUGUUUGGAGCAACUCAACCAAGAAAUGUUCAUUCACUUGAGAAUCUUAAAUAUUUAUAUGGUGUUCUACAACGAAACACAACUGUAUCCGAUGCCAAUCGCGAUUUAUUAACUGAAACACUUCGCAGUAUUUCAGAAAUUCUUAUAUGGGGCGAUCAACAUGAUAGUUCUGUAUUUGAUUAUUUUCUUGAACAUGGAAUGUUAAUUUAUUUUCUUAAUUAUAUGCGUCAAAAAAAUGGACGUUUUAUAUGUGUACAAAUCUUACAAACACUUAAUAUACUUUUCGAAAACAUUCGUGAUGAAACAUCAUUAUAUUAUCUUCUAUCCAAUAAUCAUGUUAAUAAUAUAAUUUCACAUAAAUUUGAUUUUAGUGAUGAAGAAAUAACUGCAUAUUACAUAUCAUUUCUCAAAACACUUUCAUUAAAAUUAAAUAAACAUUCAAUACAUUUCUUUUAUACUGAAAGAACUAAUGAAUUUCCAUUAUAUGUUGAAGCAAUUAAAUUUUUUAAUCAUCCAGAAUCAAUGAUUCGUAUUGCUGUAAAAACUUUAACACUUAAUAUUUAUAGAGUACCUGAUCCAGCAAUGCAUCGUUUUAUAAUAGAUUGUACAGCAACAGAAUAUUUUUCUAAUUUUGUUUGGUUUAUUCGAAAUCAGGUUUUAGAUUUCGAUAAUAUAGUUCGAAAUAAUCGAGAAAUUAAUAAUCGUGGUCAAUUAACAUGUUGUUUAGAAGAAUAUUUGGAUCAUAUACAUUAUAUUCAAGAUAUAUUUUUACUUAAUGUCGAUAGUCUUAAUAAUGUUCUUAAAGAUCAAUUAAUGAAUCGAUUACUUAUACCGGUUUAUAUAUUUUCAUUGAUUAAACGUGAUAAAUUCUCUCGAGUUAAAGAUCCGCGAAUCAUGCUUGAUCAAUUAUCAACUCUUUUUCUACUUGCUGAAAUUUUUCUUGUUAUUCAAUACCGACCUGUGGUUGAAGAAUUAGCUGAUCUCAUUAUUUCAGCUGAUAUUGAAACUGUUGAAGCUAUUCAACAUCGUUACGGUGAACAGAUUUCUUAUAGUUUACCUCCAACGUCUCUUGAAGUCUGUUUAGCUAAAAAUGAACCGAAUGAAGAUGAUACGAAUGAAUCAGAAAUUUCAUUAAAAGUGGUAGAUAUUAAUGAUGAACAGGAACGACGUCAAUAUGAAGAUGAACGUUCACGAAUACAAACUGCUUCAUCAACAUCGAUUAAUAAUAAAACUAUUGAAUCCAGUAUAAAACCAGCAUCUUUAUAUAUAUCAAAUUGGACUGAUGAUGAAAAAUAUAGACGUAGUAAAGAUCCAAUGCGUUUGAAUAAUAGUCAAUUAGCCGAGAGACCUUAUUUUGAAACAUUAAUAAACGCACUUGAAUGCAAUGAAAAUGAUCAAUUAUGUUUCUAUGCAUUGAGUGUAUUAUUAACUAUGACAACAAAUCCAUCGAUCGAUAGUAUUAUUCUGGAAUCCGUCUGUUUAACAGUCAAAUCAUCAGAAAAAAGUUUUUAUAAUACAUUAUUAGUCGAUAAACUUUGUGAUAUUCUCCUAUCAGCUACAAAACAAGAUUCAAAUAUUCGUAUUGUAACAUUAAGUUUAACAAUAAUGUUAUUAAAAAAACUUGUUUAUAAUGAAGAAACUCAUAUUUCUUAUCUAUCUGAUUAUCAUUUCUCUCAAAUUGAACAAGCACGUAAACAAGCAACAGAUGAUUUAAAAGGAUAUUAUCCACAACAAGAACUUUUACUUGAUAUGUUUGAAGAUGAAUAUCGACAAACGCAAUUAAAUCCAAUACGUAUUGAAUAUUUACUUAAAGAUUCAUGCAUGCUAUUUCAACCAACAACAACACCAUUGAGUGGUGUUGAAUUCAUAAAACGUUUACCAUCGGGUGAUAUUGAACGAGCUAGACGAUCAAUUCGAGUAUUUUUUCUUAUUCGUGCAUUAUUUCUUGAAUUAAGUUUAAUAUCAGAAAUUGAAUUACCAUUAACAAAACCAGAAAAUUUGUUUAAAGAAGAUGAUAAACUUGAUUUAAGUAAUGGAGAUUUAAUUGCUUGUACUAUUCAUAUGAAAGAAAGAAAAGAUCGUCGUUUUCUUGUAAUUGAUCAAAUGCAAUUUAUUCUUAUUGAACCUGAUAUUAAAAAAUCUAAUUGGGGUAUUGUCAAAUUUUGUGAUCUAAUGCAGGAUGUUGAAGUAACAAAUGAUAAAGAAGAUAGUCGUUCAUUACAUAUAACAAUUCAUAAACCUGUUACAAAUAUAUAUGUAAAAACGAGUCCACCUAUUCUUAAUGCAAAAUUUACAUUUGAUGAUCAUAUUCGUUGUAUGACAGCUAAACAAAAUUUAAUAAAAGGUCGUCAAAGGUAUUUUCUAUUGAUUUAUUUUUAUUUCAAUAAUAAACUAAUUAUUUUAUUUUUUUGA